AUGGUGUCGACGCGUCGCAAAAGCAAACGCCGGCCUUGCCAUGUUUGGCUUGACGGCUCUGCCUCGCCACAUUGUCUGCUCGGGUGCUUUGACCUCAUCGCAUCCAUCUCAAGGGUUGUGGACUCGCCGCAUCCGGCUCUAGGUUCUCUGCCUCACCAUACCUGGCCUCAACGGCUCCACUUUGCCUCGCCGCAAACGGCUCUGGUGUCUACCAUCAUCACAAGACUCUCCGCCCGAUUCCAUGAGUGGGCCGAAGGCUCAGGGGCUAUAUCCACCGGGGACGCCGACGAGCACGCGCACCGGCUCUCCGUGUUCAGGGACAACCUCCGCCGCGCGCGCCGCCACCAGCGCCUCGACCCCUCCGCGGUGCACGGCAUCACCAAGUUCUCCGACCUCACCCCCGACGAGUUCCGGGAGCGCUUCCUCGGCCUCCGCAAGUCCCGCCGGAGCUUCCUCAAGGGGAUCUCCGGGUCGGCGCACGACGCGCCGGCCCUCCCCACCGACGGCCUCCCCACAGAGUUCGACUGGCGCGAGCACGGCGCGGUCGGCCCAGUCAAGGACCAGGGUUCGUGCGGGUCGUGCUGGUCCUUCAGUACGUCGGGGGCGCUGGAGGGUGCCAACUACCUCGCCACCGGAAAGCUGGAGGUGCUCAGCGAGCAGCAGCUGGUCGACUGCGACCACCAGUGUGACCCGUCAGAACCACGCGCAUGUGAUGCGGGAUGCAAUGGUGGCUUGAUGACUACAGCUUUCAGCUAUCUCGCAAAAGCCGGUGGCUUAGAAACCGAGAAGGAUUACCCAUACACUGGGAGGAACAGUGCCUGCAAGUUUGACAAAUCCAAAAUUGCUGCUCAAGUUAAGAAUUUUAGUACUGUUGCUAUUGACGAAGAUCAGAUUGCCGCUAACCUUGUGAAACAUGGCCCACUUGCAAUUGGUAUCAAUGCAGUAUUCAUGCAAACGUACAUUGGUGGUGUCUCAUGCCCAUACAUCUGCGGAAGGCAUCUUGAUCAUGGUGUUCUCCUGGUUGGCUAUGGAUCAGCUGGUUACGCACCGCUCCGCUUCAAGGAGAAACCAUACUGGAUCAUAAAGAACUCAUGGGGCGAAAACUGGGGCGAGAGCGGGUACUACAAGAUCUGCAGGGGUCCGCAUGUCAAAAACAAGUGCGGUGUCGAUUCCAUGGUCUCCACGGUUACCGCCAUCCAUACCUCUAAGAAGGAAUAA